GCGGGCCGCUCGCUGGGGGCAGCCAUCUUGGCGCGAGCGGUGGCCGCCGAGGCCCAAACUUCCUCCGCGCGGGGCGUUCGCGCGCUUCCCAGGGCGUCUCCUGGAAGUAGGCAGCUGCGGGCCGAAAGGCGGAGCCUGUAAAAGUUGCAGACACCCUUCCUUCUCCCUCCUGUGAAGUCCCAGGGAGCGGUGGCAGGUUUUCAUCCCUGCUCUAGAGGCAGUGUCUACAUCACCAUGGCGACUAGACAGAAGUUGAUGAGAGCUAUUAGAGUUUUUGAAUUUGGUGGACCAGAAGUGCUGAAACUCCAGUCGGAUGUUGUCGUGCCAGUUCCAAAAGAACAUCAGGUUCUAAUCAAAGUCCAUGCAUGUGGUAUCAACCCCGUGGAGACAUACAUUCGCACUGGUACUUAUAUUAGAAAACCGCUUUUACCCUAUACCCCUGGCACUGAUGUGGCGGGGGUUAUAGAAUCCAUUGGGAAUAAUGUGUCUGCUUUCAAGAAAGGUGACCGAGUCUUCACUAACAACACUAUCUCAGGGGGCUACGCAGAGUACGCUCUUGCUGAAGACCACACGGUGUAUGCACUGCCCGACCAGCUGGACUUCAAGCAGGGCGCCGCCAUCGGUAUCCCGUACUUCACCGCCUGCCGUGCUCUGUUCCAUAGUGCCCGUGUGAAAGCUGGAGAGAAAAUUCUGGUUCAUGGAGCCAGCGGAGGAGUUGGAUUAGCAACAUGCCAAAUUGCUAGAGCUUACGGCUUACAGGUUUUGGGCACAGCUGGUAGUGAGGAGGGACGAAAGAUUGUUUUGCAAAAUGGAGCCCAUGAAGUGUUUGAUCACAAAGAAGCUGAUUAUAUUAAUAAAAUCCAGAAAUCUGUUGGUGAAAAAGGAAUUGAUGUGAUUAUUGAGAUGUUGUCUAAUGUAAACCUUAAUAAUGAUUUGAAACUUCUGUCAUAUGGAGGACGAGUAAUAGUCGUUGGUUGCAGAGGCUCAAUUGAAAUAAACCCGCGGGAUACCAUGGCAAAGGAGACUUCUAUAAUUGGAGUUGCGCUGUUUUCAUCAACCAAGGUCAUAAAGGAAGGGAUUUUGAUGCUGGAGGAAUUUAAGCAGUUUGCAUCAGUUCUUCAAGCAGGAAUGGAGAUUGCAGAGGUCAUCGAGGUGGAAGACAAAACAUGUGCUAGUAGGGUUUCUGAAUCCAAGAUUGUAAGGAAAGCCACUCAUAUGAGUCAUGGGCCAAGUGAAGAGUGCACCCUGGGGUAUGCCUAUGGGGCACAGCCUGUGAGAGCCUACCUAAAGCUCCUGGCACAGCCUGGAGAGAAGGGUGGGAUGCAGGUGCAAGCCGUGCAUUAG